CGCCCAAUCCCCAGCCGUAGCCGUGGCCUUAUGAAUAAGCAACGAAGCGAAACGCCCUCCCCCUGUCGUCCCAGACAGCGGAGGGAGUCGCCGCCGCUGCAGGGGCCGCGGCGGGGAUGCAGAGCGCCAGCGCCGCCGCUCUCCUCCGCGCGCUGCUUGGCUGAAAGCGCACAGGACUCAAUUACUGGAAUUGUCAACUCUACCAAUUUAAGGCACAUUUCUCUUUCACUAUGAGCAGACCAAUUGUACUGAGCAUUUUUCUGGCUUUCUGUAGCCUUCUUUUUCUCAACUUUGCCACACAAUGUCUGGCCUUCCCCAAAAUGGAAAGAAGGGAGUUGGUACAUGUUCGUGCAGAAGAAUGGCAGCCUGAGAGGAUGAACACAGAUGACCUGGAAAACACCUCCAUUACUCCGAAACAGACUCCUCAACUGGUGUUCUCUGAAGAAGAUCAAAUGGUAGUGUCAACAGGACCAUCAGCAGUGCCAGUAAAUGAAGUACUCUUAUUUAACAAAGAAACCCAUCCCACAGGAACUGGACUCCAGCAGCCUGACAGCCCUGGUCUUUCCACUGUCACUGAACCAGUGGUCCCAGCAGGUGACCAAGUGUUUGGUUCCAGCCAGCCGGAGAAAAUGUCUCCUGAAAGCAGACUUUCCAAGAUCAUGUUAACUGUCCCUAUCACUGAGACUGCUUCACUGAACACUGGCAAGAAGGAGGAACCCUUGAGCAGUACCAGCAUUCAGCCCAUUGCAGAAGGGACCACAGAAGCAACACCAGGUUUUGUGAAAUAUGUGAACCAUCAACUGUUUGUAACUGAAAAUCAGGAUGGAGUCAGUCUCGGGGAUUCACCUUCAUCCCUUAAGAAUGCUAAAGAAAUGCUAACCACCAAUCCAAGGACAGAGAAAUCUGAAGCAGACAUGGAUCAGAGAACCACUUCUUUUCCUGGUGCUGAGUCUGGAAGCCUUCUGCUGGAUGGGGAGAAGCUCCUGCAGAAGAUGGCUGAUCAUACCCAGGCUACUGCCACCGAGCACUUGCUGGUGACUUCUGAGUAUGCCCUGAGUGUUGGUUCAGAAACGGAUAGCUUGCUGGGAGCCCCAGAAGUCACAGAAAGUGUCAGCAGAGCUGUUCCAGCUGCCUCUAUCUUAAGUGAUGAGUGGGAUGAUACCAAGCUGGAGAGUGUAAGCCAGAUACGGACCCCAAUGCUGGAAGACAAUACAGACACUCAGGUGAGAAUGGAGCCCUUGCAGACAGAGAGCCAGGAGGGGAUGGAAGAGGGUCAGCCCUUGACAGAGGCUGCAGAAGUGUCUCCGGGGCUGCCUGAAGAGGAAACAGACAUGGGGACAGCCCUGCUAAUAGCGCAGGGGGAGAAGAAGUCACCCACCUUCAUCGAUCAAAGUUCCUUCACUCCCAUAGGUCUGAUGGAAGAUUCCGAAGUUUUCUCUGUGCACAUGUUCCAAAAUAUGGGAGGUUUCGAGGAAUCCACCAAGGAAAACAGUGCCAUGUUUUUGUCAGAGACUACUGUGUCCAUCUCAGAAUAUGAGUCUGAGGCAUAUCAGCUGUUGGGAAAUGCAUUGAAAGACAUCGUCACUCAAGAGAUGACAACAGCUACUCAAGAACCAGAAGCCACUUUAUCCCUGGUGACACCAGAGCAGGUGACCAGAGACAGUGAAGAGACUGAGGAAGGCAAGGAGUCCCCCCUUCUUGCCUCUGAUGUACCUGGUGUUACUCAGCUGUCCAGACAAUGGGAGCCUCUGGCCACUACAGUGUCAACCACAGCCAUCCCUUGGUCUCCCAAAGUUACCCCUGCUGCAGAAGACCUAACAGACACAGUCACUGGGCCGAGUGAGGAUCUGGCACUAGUUUUGGGCUCUCUGGUGACACCCCCUGGAAUAAUGGUGGAAGUGCCCAGCAUUUCUCCAACGUUUCCUGCUUUGGAGGCAUCACCUGAGAGAACAGUUCCAUCCGUGAGUGGCACUAAUACAGCUGCCUCAUAUGGCCUGGACCAACUUGAAUCUGAAGAGGGAGAAGAAGAUGACGAUGAAGAGGAUGAAGAAGAUGAAGAGGAAGAAGAGGAAGAUGAGGAAGAGGAUGAGGAGGAUAAAGAUGCAGACUCCCUGGAUGAGAGCUUUGAUGGCGACUCUGAGGUGCCGAGUUUCACUCUCCCUGGCAUCACAUCCCAGGAACCCGGCUUAGAGCAGGGAAACAUGGACCCUUUGGAGGGAGCCACCUACCAGGUGCCCGAUGCCAUUGAGUGGGAACAGCAGAAUCAAGGCCUGGUGAGAAGCUGGAUGGAGAAACUAAAAGAUAAGGCUGGCUACAUGUCUGGAAUGCUGGUUCCUGUAGGGGUGGGGAUAGCUGGAGCCUUGUUCAUCUUGGGGGCACUCUACAGCAUUAAGGUUAUGAAUCGCCAAAGGAGAAAUGGCUUCAAAAGGCAUAAAAGAAAGCAGAGAGAAUUCAACAGCAUGCAAGAUCGAGUAAUGCUCUUAGCUGACAGCUCUGAAGAUGAAUUUUGAAUUGGACUUGGAUUUAAUUGGGACAUUCAAUGAUGUUGUAAUUUUAUUUUUAUUUUGGGGGAAAAAAGAAGAAGAAGAAGAAGGAAAAACAACAACUUCUUAUUGCAUUGCUGCUAUCAGGCUGUCAGUUCUAGUACCUGCUGGGUAGUAGAUUUUUCUUGCACUGAGCAGAAAAGGCAUGCUGUAAACUAAAUGUAACACACAGUGUUUGGUUAUUCUGUAGUGAACUUCCUGUAACAAUGGGCUACAAUUUAUGAAUACACAGCAUAAUGUUGUUCAGUAGAAAUAGCUGGAUUAGGUAGGGUAAAUAUUUUGUAUUUUUCCACUCUCUUUUCCUUGACUUGGAUUACUUGCAUUAAGUGUGAUGAUUGUAGCCACCAAGGCAUGCUCGACUUUGAAAUUGAAAUCUUAACAAAGAAUAACUUCUCAUAAUCACACUCUACCUACCUGAGAUUGUAGGCUUGGGGGCUAUGGUACAUCCUGCAUUUGUAUCAAAACCAGCGUCAGUUGAGAAUGAAUAAGAUCUCAGCCCAUUAGGAGUACAUGUAGAUUUGUACGUAUCUAGCUUUGUGUACUCCAGUUUCCUAGUUUUAUUGUUUUCAUCUUCUGUUUUAUUCUUAUUCUUGGCAAGGAAAAAAAAAAUGCACCAGAAGUAAUACAUUAAAUUGACUUUUAAUGUAUGUUUGCUCUCUUAAAUAGUGUCAUUAAGUCCAAGAACAUCUUACAUGUUUAUCAUUAUGAGAUAUUCUUUUUGUGUACUAUUUGACUUUGCCAAAAAGAAAUGAGGAAGAAAUCUCUGCCAUUUGGCUCUGUGCUUGCAUGACUGCUACUAUGUAUAAUUCAGAGUAUUUCUUUUCCACAUCUGUGGUAUUGGCCAUGGAGAGAGUGGACCACCAUUGGUACUUUUUGGCCUUAUUAGAAAAACAUACAUUCUGUGGUAGAAGCAGGCCCAGCACCCAGAUCCCUGGUACACAAUGGAACUCAUGGGAAACCAGAUUCUCUCAGGACAUCUCAUCAUGGGAAUGAUAAAAUAACUGUUCAGAUCAUUUUUCAUUUCCUUUGGAAUAUGAUUCCCUACCCUAUACCAAAAUAGGAUAUUAAAAUUACCCUAUUUGAAUUUGGGCACUUGGGACUUGUAGUUAGUUGAAUUUUGGGGUAGAGAUCGACUCAUUUCAUGGAAGGUUAAAGGUUAGUAACAGUAAUAUUACUAUGGAGAACUUGGUUGUAUUCAAUGAGCCUGUUCUACUAUGUCAAGCUAGUUACAGGCAUUCCACAAAGCUACUGUUUUCAUUUGACCAAAGAUGGAACUGAAGCAGAGACGUGAACCAGGUAUCCAAAGUUAUAUCCAGGAAGAAUCAGCAUGAGAAUUUUCUUGGACUUAAAACCAUGUGACAUGUGCUCUUUUUAUAUACUUCAGAGGGAACAGUAACAUUGCAGAAUCCUUCUUUAAAACCAAGAGUGUAAGGAAAUAGCUGCUUGGUGAAGGAGCAUUUGUGCUUCUGUCUUUGUUGAAUGAUUGAUGAAUGAUGCCUUACUAAUUUCUCUUUUACGGCGAGUUCUUUCCUUCCAUAUAAAUUUAAGUAUCAUCAUUAAGGAAUUAAUAGCAAAAAAUUUCCUAGAAUCCAUUCUUGAAUGAUAAAUGGUUCACAAGAAGGCUUCCUUCAGUAAUUUCAACUUUUUGUCCAGAGAGGUAAGCCAAUGUGUGAAACUGAUAGAAAUGAAAAGUUUUGUAGAAACAAAUAGAAGUUAGCCAUUGACAGGGUGCUAAAGGUUGGAUUUUAAAAAAUAUCAUUCAGAACCAUGACACUUAAAAGUGAUUUGUAAUUUCAUGAGCAGAGCUAUCCUGAUAUUGCAGAAGGGAGGUUCUCUUUUUCUGAAAGCAACCUCUUAUUGUAAGUGUUCCUCAGGUUGAGUAAGUAGGCAUGGGGGGCAUUGCUGUCUAUAUUCUUAUUUAUAGCAAAUAUGCAAUAGUUUUACUUAAUUUAGCAACAACACAUGGGUGACACUGAUGGUCACUAAUGUCUGGGACUACUCAAUCUGUAGCGUUAACUUGUUGAAUGUUCAAACUCUAGUAUAAUGAAGUCACAAUAAUAGACACUUAGUUUUGUUUUUCCAUGAGUAUGACAUUCAUGCGAGUGUAGGCAGAAGCAGAAGUGUCUCUGCAGCCCUUUUUGGGACACCCAUCUACUAAAAUAAGAACUGACCUAUAUCAUAGUAGAUUUCUGUACCAACUGGUUUAAACAUCUGGAUAAAGGAAAGGUGGUAUAGAUAUAAAUUGACUAUGAUUUAGUCUUAAAGGAAGGAAAACUAUUAAUAAUGUGGAUGAACUUAGAGAACAGCAUGCUAGGUGAAAUAAGCUAGUCACAGGAUAAAUAUUGCAUGAUUCUAAUUAUAUGAAAUAUCUAAAAUAUUCAAACUCAUAGAAGCAGAGGUAGAACAGUAGUAGCCAGGAACUUGGGGAGGGAAAAAUGGGGAGGUGUUAGUUAGGUGGUAUAAAGUUUAAAUUGUGCAAAAUAAAUAGCUUCUAGAGACCUGCAAUAUAGUGCCUAUAGUUUACAAUAUACUGUAUUGUGCACUUAAAAUUUUAAGAGGCAGAGCUCACAUUAA